UCAGAAUCACAUUUCGUGAUCAGCAUUUUUCCGGAGUUUUCUUAAAGCACAAUUAAAGUUUUAAGAAGUUGUUAUAAUUUAUACAAAAAAAAUGGCAAACUAUCACAAACCAGAAUCGAAAACCAUUCAAGAAUUGAAAGACAUUGCGACAAAAUUGAGAAUUCACUCGAUCAAUGCCACACAAGCUAGCAAAUCCGGACAUCCAACGUCAUGUUCUUCUAUGGCAGAAAUUAUGUCCGUCUUAUUUUUUCAUACGAUGCGUUACAAAGUAUCCGCACCACGUGAUCUAAGUAGCGACAGAUUUGUAUUGAGCAAAGGUCAUGCUGCUCCUAUUCUGUAUGCAGCAUGGGCAGAAGCAGGACUUUUUCCAAUAAGUGAAUUGCUAAAUUUAAGAAAACUUGAUAGUGAUUUAGAAGGACAUCCUACGCCAAGACUUAAUUUUAUUGAUGUAGGAACUGGUUCCUUGGGACAAGGACUCUCAGUUUCUGCAGGGAUGGCUUAUGUGGGAAAAAAUUUUGACAAAGCCAAUUAUCGCGUAUAUUGUCUGAUUGGUGAUGGAGAAGCUGCAGAAGGAUCAAUAUGGGAAGCACUUCAUUUUGCAUCAUAUUACAAGUUGGAUAAUCUCUGUGCUAUUUUUGAUAUAAAUCGUUUAGGCCAAAGUGAACCAACAUCUCUUCAACAUAAUAUGGAAGUUUAUCGCAAAAGACUUGAAGCUUUUGGAUUUAAUGCAUUGGUUGUUGACGGUCACGAUGUAGAAGAAUUAGCCAAGGCUUUCCAUGAAGCACAAAAUACGAAAGGACGACCUACUGCUAUACUAGCAAAAACAUACAAAGGCAAAUAUUUUCCUACUAUUGAAGACCAAGAAAAUUGGCAUGGAAAACCUCUUGGUAAUAAAGCAAAUGAAGUUAUUCAACAUUUAACUGGAAUGUUGAAAAAUCCUGGUCCUUUAGGAUUACAUCCUCAGAAACCAUUAGUUGAUGAUGUUUCAGUAGUAGAUGUUAAUAAUAUUAAAUUAGCAUCACCUCCGAAUUAUAAAUUAGGAGAACAAGUUGCUACAAGAUUGGCUUAUGGUACUGCUUUAGUUAAGCUAGCGAAAAACAAUUCUCGUGUCAUUGCUCUAGAUGGGGAUACAAAAAAUUCAACAUAUGCUGAAAAAAUUAAGACAGUCGAUCCAUCUAGAUUUAUCGAAGGUUUUAUUGCCGAGCAAAAUGUAGUAGGAGUAGCAAUCGGUGCUGCAUGCAGAGACAGAACUGUUGCAUUUGUAUCUGCGUUUGCAACAUUUUUCACUCGUGCUUUUGAUCAGAUUCGUAUGGGUGCUAUUUCACAAACAAAUGUUAAUUUUGUUGGUUCCCAUUGCGGUGUUUCGAUCGGAGAAGAUGGUCCAUCACAAAUGGGUCUGGAAGACAUAGCUAUGUUCCGUACAAUUCCUGGUUCUACUGUUUUUUAUCCAGCCGAUGCUGUUGCCACGGAGCGCGCCAUCGAAUUAGCAGCUAAUACAAAAGGAAUUUGCUUCGUACGCACUUCUCGUCCUGCCACAGCAGUUAUAUAUAAAAACGAAGAACCUUUUGUUAUUGGAAAAGGCAAAGUGGUUAGAUCUUCUGCGAAAGAUCAAGUUCUUGUAGUUGGAGCUGGCGUAACUUUGUACGAAGCACUUAAAGCUGCUGAUGAAUUAUCUAAAGUAGGAAUAAAUAUUCGAGUGAUCGAUCCGUUUACAAUUAAACCACUCGAUGCCCAACUAAUUAUAAAAAAUGCCAAAGAAGUUGGAGGAAGAGUUAUUACAGUUGAAGAUCAUUAUGCAGAAGGUGGUCUGGGUGAAGCUGUACUUUCAGCAGUUGCUUUGGAAAGAAAUGUCGUAGUUAAGAAGCUAGCUAUUCCUGAAGUACCACGUUCUGGUCCUCCAACUGCAUUAUUGGAUAAAUAUGGAAUUAGUUCAAACAAAAUUGUUGCUGCAGUUCAAGAAAUAUUAAAGUUAUAAUUUUAAAGAUUAUACAAAGGUACCGAUAUCGUUUUAAUAUAAAAGUCUACUGCCAUGUCAAAAUGUACAGAAAAUUUAAGUAUUUUUAAAAAUAUGAAAAAAAACCAUUCCAUAUUGUUUUUAAUGUGCAUAUAAAACAUCGAAAUAUUUGUUCGUGUUAAUGUACAAAGAAAAACGUAUGAAAAAGUUUGUCUUUA